AUGUCCUGUUCAGCUGGAUUUGUGCAAGUAAUCGAGUCGACUAUCAAGAAGAAGGACAUGGACAAAGUUGGACCACAAAACAAACCAGCCGUAGACGGGCAGUCUAGAGACAAGCUAGGGUCGUCGCUCGUCAAGAACACAAAGCGGAGAGUGACGCGAAAACGUCGCAAAGGUCUUCGCCGGCCUCGAACACCAUUGAACUACCAGAUCCCUUCUCUGCAACAACCAGGUCACGCUACAACACUCACUCAGCCAGAUUCGAUCACUCGUCUCUCACAACGAAUCCUACUCUUUCACCUCGCCAUUCGCCGGAACAAGAACCAGCAUCGUGCUCAACCCUUUUUCAAAUACCUCUCUCUUCUCCACAAAUCCUUAGCCCGUCUUCUCACCAUCACCAAAUCCCUCGCUGCAGUCUCGGCUCAACCAGCCACCACAUCAGACCAAGUUCGGCGCAAAUUCGAGAAGGAAGCUAGUUUGCGAAGUCAACGAGAAGUGCUCGAGGAGCAUGUGAGAGAGGUGCUGGUGCCGAAGUGUUAUGUUACUUUCAGUACGGUCGUGGCGGAUUCACAGUUUGCGAACUUGGGAGUGGUAUUGAUGGGAUUGCUGGCUGAGGUUGCUGCGGGUGCGCAUGGGGUGGGUUUACCUAGUGGUGUGGGAGGAGUGGAGGACGAAGCAAGCUCUAGGAAAGGGCGUAGAGAAGGUGUUGAGAUUGGAUCGCCAGGGUCGUUGUUAGGGCUGAGCACGAGAGUCACUGGAGAGGAUCAGGGCGAGGUAAUUGAAAGGAGGUAUGAUCAUGUUGGCCGCCCGACAGGAGACGAAGGUGCGGCGGUGGUUGCAAACGAUGACUUUGAAGGCUUUGGAGAAAGCGCGGACAUUCAGGUCAAUGUAACGACGACCGCCAAACUACAACGACCUGAUACUGCAAUACAUCCAGCCAAUCAAGAUUUGCUGCCUAGCUAUGGCUCAAAUAUGAGUGGGCAACAAAUUCGCAAGAAGACGAAAAAGCAUAAAGAUGCCAUUGACGAUUUGUUCAGUGGGCUGUUUUGA